AUGUCGAUUUGUCAGACAAAAAUCAUCACGACCAGGAACUCGAUUAUUUUUACAAAUACAGAUAACUGCACAAAUUGUUGGUAUGGCUGUGACCACUCCUCUGGAAAUUGUUCAGGUCAAUGUGCCCAUGGAUUUUUCGGUCCUAAAUGUGAGCAGGAAUGUCCACAGUGUCUUGAUUGUGAUAAACUUAGUGGUGACUGUGUUUCCUGCCAUGAUCGCCAUUAUGGGAAACGCUGUGAAUUUAAAUGUAAUGAAAACUGCAUGGUUGGAUGCAGAAUUUCCGGAGAUUGUUAUAAAUGUAACGAAGGAUUUUACGGAAUGACUUGUAAUUUGACAUGUCCAUCACCGAAUUGUCGAAACGGAUGUGAAAGGCACACUGGGAACUGUACUGGUUGGGGAUGUGAUUCAGGGUUUUGGGGGACGAUGUGCAACAAGUCUUGCCCACAGAACUGUGGGUUUACUUCAUGUCAUCAAAAAGACGGAACUUGUCAGACUUGUAAAGAUGGAUACAGCGGGAAAACAUGCGAGGAAAGAUGUAAUUAUGAGCACUGUAGCUUGUGUCAGUUUGACGUCACAACUUGUUUUAAUUGCUAUCAUGGUUGGUGGGGGGAACACUGUGAUAAAAAAUGCACUGAACACUGCAGUCAUCCGUAUUGUUCACAACAUACAGGGAAGUGUGGAAAAUGCGAUCACGGUUAUCACGGUCCUUAUUGUGAAGGAACGUGUAAUUCUGUCUGCGAAACGUGUUCGGAUAACAAUACUUGUGAUACAUGUAAAACAGGGUUCUAUGGUGAAGACUGUAAACAAAGAUGUCCGAUACGGUGUACUGAUUGUGAACGUGAUGGAAAAUGUAAGGUAUGUAAUUCUGGAUACUUUGGAGAAGAAUGUAGAUGUGAAUUAUCACAAUGUGCAAGUAACAAAGAGAGUUUCUGUUCAAGUUGUAAAAAUGAGACAAGUUGGUAUCCCCAAGAAAAAGGAUGCUGUCCAUGUAGUGAUUACUGUAGUUCGAAUUCUGGUGAUCUUCUUUGUAAUCAAACUGGUUGUAUCAACGAAUGUAAAGAUGGUUAUUUUGGUAAGCAUUGCCUGGAACCUUGUAGUGAACACUGCUUAGAAGGUGUUAAAGAAACAUGUAACAACGAAACGGGGGAAUGUCAGAAUGGUUGCAAAAAGGGCUGGCAUUUGCCAAACUGUGACUAUAAUUGCAGUCUACAUUUCCCUCACUGCAAUUCAUGUAAAGAAUAUUUAGACAAUAAGAAUAAGCCAUAUGUUGUCUGCGAAACCUGUGAAUUAGGUUAUUAUAAAGAAUUAUAUUCCGGUCUGUGCAAACCCUGUGAACACUGUCAAGGUGGAAACAUGUGUGAUGGUACCAUUGGUUACUGUAAAUGGGGUUGUCAGAAAGGAUGGUAUGCCAAACGUGAACAUUAUCUCUGUGAAAAUCCGUGUCCAGACAAUUGUACAGGUGGUAUUUGCGAAGAAAUUGGCGGGAAAUGCAAGACCGGAUGUCGGCCGGGAUCGUAUGGUCCCCAUUGUCUGAUCCUGUGUCCAAGCGGCUGUUUGAAUAGCACGUGUGAGUUUAGGAGUGGAAAAUGCGUAUUGGGUUGUGUUCCAGGACAACGUGGUGCUUACUGUAAUGAGAGUUGUAAUGCUCAAUGUGGGGUUAGGGGUUGUAGGGAAGACGACGGAUUGUGCAAAGCUUUUUACUGGGCUUUUAAGAUUGUAUUCAGGGAUAUUACGGAGAUCAAUGUUCAGAGCCAUGCAGUUCCAAUUGCGUUGGUAAAACCUGUAACCAGACAGGGUUUUGUUCAGCAGGGUGUGUUCCUGGAUGGACUGGUCUACUUUGUGAAGUAUCUAUGUCUACACAAAGUGAGCAAAAUCUAA